AUGGCUGAAUCAAAGCCCAACACCCUUACCCUCAUUUUCGGGCCCCAGGAUCCCGACAUCGACGCCAAACAUCUCGACAGCCUUCGAACAACGUUAUUGGAAACACCCCAUCUUCAAUGGAUUGUGGAUCUCUUAACAAAACUACCGCAAGAAUGGUCGACAAUCGCCGCCGCCCACACCGAGCUCCAGGCCUUCCAGGGCCCGAAGUAUCUCCAGCUACUCAGUGAGUGGGUUCGACGGGGCGUACUACCAGACAGCUUGUUCCCCCUGCCCAAUAUCUUGGUUACACCGCUAGUUGUCGCCACGCAGUUGGCACAAUACACCAAAUUUUUGGAGCAGAUCAAGCCGGGGAUCACCCGAGACGAUUCUCUGAAGGCGGCACUGAAGAUCAAUGCUGAGACAGCGGGUCUUUGCACUGGUCUUUUGAGCAGUGCUGCUGUCGCCAGUUCCGGAAAUCUUUCAGAGCUCGAACAGCAUGGUGGUGCUGCUAUCCGAAUGGCAAUUGCAAUUGGCGCAUUGGUCGAUGCCGGAGACUCGGAAGUUGAAGAUGGUGAUAAAUGGCAGUCUCUUGCUGUUGGGUGGACGGCCCAAUCAGUGGAGGAGAAAUUGCACAGCAUCGUGGAGAGCUUCCCGGAGGCAUACAUCUCUGUCAUUUCAGAAGCCCGUCUAGCGACUCUCACCGUUCUGAAGGUUGAUGCAGACAAGAUCCAAGAGCAGUUGAAAGACGCCGGCCUGAUUUUCACAAACACAACACUCCGCGGACCCUUUCACUGCGGACGUCGCAGUGAGCAGGCCACAGCUCUCCUGGGCCUCUUUGAUUCGGAGCCUGCUUUCCAUUUCCCGGCCACCUCCCAGCUCGCCUUCAAGACACGAGCAGCCGAUGGCUCAGUGCUUCCGGCGGAUGAAAAGCUUCAUCAGGUGGCGGCCCGCGCGAUGCUCACAGAGCGGGCGGACUGGCACACGCUGUUCACGACGCUGCAUGAGUCAACCUCUUUGGCGGUAACAUUUGGCAGCCAGCGUUUUGUGCCCCAAUGGUUCCUCCGCAAGCUUAGCCCUAGGUUGUCGCAUGCCUCCGACCUUGAUCUCCAGGCAGGCACCUUCCCUGCCCCAUUGUACGCUCUUCUGGACUCCGCCCAAGACCAUUCCAUUGCCGUUGUCGGCAUGGCAUGCCACUUCCCUGGCGGCAGUGACUUGGAUGAGUUCUGGCAGACCAUCUGUGCCGGAGAGUCACAGGCGCGCGAGGUUUCAGCGGACAGAGUCAACUUCGAAUACUCAGCUUGGCGCGACAGCAAUCCGAAGCGGAAGUGGUACGGAAACUUCGUGGAAGACCACGAUACCUUCGACCACAAAUUCUUCCAGAAGAGUCCACGCGAGGUUGUGUCAACGGAUCCCCAGCACAGACUGAUGUUGCAGGUUGCCUACCAGGCAGUCCAACAGUCGGGAUACUUCAACAAAGUGAACUCAACUCGACAUGUUGGCUGCUACGUCGGAAUCGGUGUGACCGACUAUGAGAACAAUGUUGCUUGCUACGAGCCCACCGCAUACACUGCAACUGGAAACCUCAAGUCUUUCGCCGCUGGUAAAAUCAGCCACUUCUUUGGCUGGAGUGGACCCGGCGUGACAAUUGAUACGGCCUGUUCUUCCUCUGCUCUGGCGGUGCACCACGCCUGCACGGCAAUUUUGAGCGGUGAAUGCGAUGCUUCGCUUGCUGGCGGUGUCAACAUUAUGACCAGCCCCGAAUGGUACCAGAACCUCGAUGGUGCAUCUUUCCUCAGCCCAAGCGGACAGUGCAAGCCAUUUGAUGCCGCUGCAGAUGGUUAUUGCAGAGGAGAGGGCGCAGGCGCCGUUUUCCUGAAGAAAUUGUCAUCCGCCAUUCAGGAUGGUGACCAGAUCCUCGGUAUUAUCAGGGGCUCCAGUGUGAACCAAAACGAGAACUGUUCUGCUAUCACUGCGCCGAGUGUCUUGUCGCUCGGAAACGUUUUCAGCAGCGUCCUGAAGAAAGCCAGACUCGAUCCCAAGCAGAUCUCUGUGGUCGAGGCACACGGCACGGGAACGCAAGUCGGCGACAAGGCCGAAUACGACAGUGUGCGCAAGACAUUGGGUGGACCUGGUCGGUCUCAGCCUUUGAAUCUCGGUUCAGUCAAGGGUCUCAUUGGUCACCUUGAAUGUGGCUCUGGCAUUGCUGCAUUGAUCAAAGUGCUGUUGAUGAUCCAACACGGCACUAUUCCUCCCCAGCCUGGAUUCAAGUCUAUGAAUCCAAAACUCAAGGCUUUGCCGUCGGACAACAUUGACAUCUCCAAGACUCUCAAGCCAUGGGAAGCAGACUUCCGUGCAGCACUCUUGAACAACUACGGUGCCUCUGGCUCAAACGCCUCGCUCAUCGUGACUCAGGCAAACCAAAUCACACGAGACAUUGAAGCCUACGAGACCACUGCUGCAUACAAGCGACCCUUCUGGUUCUCUGCCCUGGAUAACCAAUCUCUGCGCACCUAUGCAACCAAGAUGGUCAAACUACUCCGAUCGAGGAAGGCAGAUGACCCCUCCUUCUCGAUUGCCAAUCUGUCUUACCAAUUGGCCCACCAGUCCAACCGUUCCCUUGCAGAGUCACUGAUCUUCAGUUGUGCCUCAGUUGACGACCUCGAGGCGAAACUCGCCAAUUUCGCUGACGGGCUUGGCGAACUGGCUUCCACAACUGGAAAGCAGGCACCGAGACCGGUCAUUCUCACCUUUGGCGGCCAGCGCUCUAACUUUGUUGGUCUUGACCGCGAAGCUUAUGAGUAUUUCCCCAUCUUGCGAUCCCAUCUAGACCAAUGCCACGAGAUCUCUCUAUCACUCGGACUCGGCGGAAUUGUACCGGCCAUCUUUGAGCGGACGCCCAGAGCAAGCAUCGUGGAACUGCAGACAAUGCAGUUUGCUCUCCAGUACUCUUGCGCAAAGAGCUGGAUUGAGAGUGGCGUGCAAGUUGCCGCACUCGUGGGCCACAGCCUCGGCGAGCUCACCGCGAUGUGUGUCUCGGGAAUUCUGUCGCUUGAGGACGCUUUGAAGGUGAUUGCACAGCGAGCCCAGCUCAUUGAAGACAAGUGGAGCACAGAGAGAGGCUGUAUGUUGGCUGUCGACGGCGAAUUGGAGAGCGUCCAGCACCUGCUGCAGCUUGUCAAUGCCACUUCCUCAGUUCCCGUCAACAUCGCCUGCUUCAAUGGUCCUCGCAACUUUACUCUGGCCGGCACACCUUCUGCAAUGGAGCUUGUCAAGGAGACCCUUUCUACCAAUGCCGCGCUGUCCAGCAUUAAGACAAAGGCCCUUGAUACCACCCACGCCUUCCACUCCAUCUUGGUAGAUGGUCUCAUUCCCGACCUCGAGAAACUGGGACAGGAGGUGAUCUUCCGCAAGCCAACUCUCUACCUCGAGCGAGCCACUCGAGAGAGCGCCACCAGCCCACCACCAUUCACGGUCUUUGCUUCUCACAUGCGUGACCCCGUCUACUUUGACAAAGCUGUGCAGCGUCUCGCAGACCAACACCCCUCGAGCAUCUGGCUUGAGGCAGGCUCAGGCUCGGGAGUGACCGCUCUUGCCAGCAAAUCGGCUGGAUCCCAGAACAUGAUCUUCCAGCCCAUCAACAUCACCAGCUCAGGAGCUGUCCAGAACAUCACCGAUGCAACAAUCAACCUUUGGAAGGCAGGGCUCAACAUCUCCUUCUGGGAACAUGUCAAGCCAGCUGUUACCUGCCCCCUUCUUUUGCUGCCACCCUACCAGUUCGCUAAGUCCAAGCAUUGGCUGGAUCGCCGCAAACCCGAGGUUAAGCAGGUCGAGUCGAUUGUGCAGGUCCCCACGAUGCGCACUGGGAUGUGGUCGUUCGUCGGCUACCAUGAUUCUACCAAGGCACAAGCACGAUUCCAGGUCCACACCGAAUCGGAGGAGUUCCAGGCUUACGUUGGCGCCCACUUCAUCGCGCAAACGGCAGCUAUUUGUCCCAGUAUGGUGCAGCAGGUCAUCGCUCGUGAUGCACUGACUACUCUGGUUGAUGAAGCCGGACUGCUCCCGGGCCUUGAGAACAUGGAAAGCGAAUCUCCAUUGUGUCUGGGCGGAUCGAAGCAAGUCUGGCUCGAUGCUGAGAGGGUCAAUGACAGCCCUCUUACCUGGGACUUCCACAUUACCAGCACAGAGCACUCGAGUGAGGUCACACAACACGUUUCGGGACGCAUUGUCUUCCGCUCUCAUGAAGAUGCUGCCCGCACUUUCGACACCUAUGAGCGCCUGGUUGACCACAAGCGCGCUCUGGCUCUGCUUGACGGAGAUGAGUCCGAUCAGGUUAUCAAGGGAAGUCGGAAUAUCUACAAGGUGUUCUCCCCUGUGGUUCAGUACAACAAGGACAGUUACAAGGGGCUGCAGAAGCUGGCGGCUGCUGGUAAUGAGUCUGCGGGACGCAUUGUCAAGCAGGAUUCCGCGGAGACUAUCCUCAGCGUUGGACUUGGUGAUACCUUCUGUCAGGUGGCUGGCAUCUACCUGAACUGCAUGACUGACACCGAUGACGGAAAGAUGUAUCUGUCCAAUCGGGUUGACAAGUGGAUUCGUUCGCCUAGCUUCCCGGCUGAUGCGCGACCAGAGCGAUGGGAUGUUUAUGCGCGCCACCAGCAGUCACCCAAGGCGUACCUCAGCGACAUCUUUGUGUUUGAUGCAGAAAGCGGCAAGCUUGUUUGGGUCGUUCUGGGGCUUCAAUUUGUUGAAGUGUCGAUUGCUGGCAUGUCCCGGCUCCUGUCCAAAUUGACUGGUGCUCAGCCAAUGCAGCCGGCAGUUUCGACCACCCCAGCUGUACCAGAGGUGCCUCUGUUCAAACCGACCGCCAAGGAGGAGGUCAAGGUUCCCGAGACCAAGAUCUCCAAGCCAACCAGUCUGCCUGCAAUCAGCAAGAAGCCAACUGUCAAGAAAGACGAAGGCGCCGACGUGCUCGCUGGAGUCCGGAGUCUUUUCAUCAACCUGCUGGGUCUCGAGGCCGACGAGAUCCAACUCACUUCAGACCUUGUCGAGCUUGGAAUCGACUCGCUACUUGCCAUGGAGGUUGCUCGCGAGGUGGAGAAGAAGUUCAACAUCAAGUUCGAGCUCGAUGAACUUAUGGACAUGACAGACGUGCGGAGCUUGGUCAAUGGUAUCCGGGCCAACAUGGGAGCAUCUGACGCCUCCUCUACAACUGAGGAAGACAGCAGCGACGAAGCUGCCACCAGCUCCUCUGUGAGCGACACCAUGAUGACUCCAGCCGCUGACGCCCAUGGCGAAACCAAUGGAUACUUCAAGAAGACCGACACACAGCUGCAAGCAAACACGAUUGUCGACCUCUUCACCAAGACCAAGCUCCUCACAGACCACUUCAUCGAACAGAAUCAACUCUCUGGAUACUCCAACCACGUCCAGCCGAAGUUGACUGAGCUCGUUGUCGUCUAUACGUUGGAUGCGCUUGACGAGAUGGGAUGCUCUAUCCGCUCGGCCCAAGCUGGUGAAGUGAUCCCACAAAUUCCACACCUUCCCAAGCACGACAAGGUCAUGGCCGUUCUGCGUCGCUUGUUGCACGAGGCACGUCUUGUGGAUGUCGAGGGUACCACAUUAAUUCGCACGUCCGUUCCUGUCCCAUUUAAAUCUGCCAGCAAGAUCCUUCAAGAGCUCCUUCACGAGUACCCUGAGCACUACUACGACCACAUGCUCACCAGCUUGACUGGAACCAAAUUGGCAGAUUGCUUGACCGGCAAGACCGAAGGCAUCCAGCUGCUGUUCGGUUCUGCCGAGGGACGAGAGCUCGCAGGCGGCAUGUAUGGGAAGUCCCCCAUCAACGUGGCCUGGCUGCGCCAGCUCGAGCAUUUCUGGGAGCAGUUGAUGGCCAACCUCCCCCAGAAUUCCGACGAGCCAAUCCGAAUUCUGGAGAUGGGUGCUGGUACCGGAGGCACGACUGCAGGAUUGCUGCCACUUCUCGCUCGCUCGGGCGUGUCUGUCAACUACACCGCCAGCGACAUCUCACCAUCACUGGUCGCUGGACUCCGCAAGCGCUUCAGGGAAUACCCCUGGAUGCGAUUCGAGGUUCUCGACAUUGAGAAAGAAGCCCCUGCAAAGCUCCUCGAAAGCCAACACAUCGUCCUUGCAACAAACUGUGUCCAUGCAACCCACAGUCUGGCGAAUACAACCAAGAACAUUCACAAGAUGCUUCGCCCCGACGGAUUCCUCAUCAUGCUAGAGAUGACCGAGGCAGUCCCUUGGGUUGACUCGGUCUUCGGCUUGGUCGAAGGCUGGUGGCUCUUCGACGACGGCCGCGACCACGCCCUCGCCCAACCAGAGUUCUGGCAAAAGACACUGCACCGCAACGGAUACGGCCACGUCGACUGGACCGACGGCCAUCUACCCGAGAACUCCAUCCAGCGAAUCAUUAUCGCGCUCGCCUCUCCUCAGAGUCACAGCCGGGUAUCUACUCUCCCCCCCGCUAUUUCAAAGAUCCCGGCUGACUUUUCUGCCCGCAAAACAGUAACCGACUCGCUCGUCCAAAAACACACCAGCGACUUUGCCGCCCCGGUCUCCCGCUCGAUUGAUGAAAGCCUCUCGCGCUGUGUGCUGGUCACAGGCGCGACCGGCUGUCUAGGGUCACACAUUGUGGCGCAUCUCGCCGAGCAGCCGGACGUCCGCAAAGUCAUCUGUCUGAACCGGGUGAGCAGUUCAGACGCAACGACUCGACAGCACGAGGCUCUGCACUCCAGAGACCUCUUGCUCAAUGACAACAUUUUGAAAUUGGAUAUUAUAGAAACAGACUCAUCAGCCCCAUCUCUCGGUCUUGAUCGCAAAGACUACCAGUACCUCGUCAACAACGUGACGGAUAUCAUUCACAACGCAUGGGCCAUGAGCAUGACGCGUCCUGUGCGCGGAUUCGAGCCCCAGUUCAAAGCCAUGCGCAAUCUCAUCAAUCUUGCCCGUGACUGCGCCUCUGAAGGCCGCCAAGUCGGGUUCCAGUUCGUCUCCUCUGUCUCCGUCGUGGGCUGCCAUCCUUUCUUGACUGGCCAAGCACGAGUUCCGGAGGAGAGAGUCGAUGUCAGGUCUGCGUUGCCGAUGGGAUACGCAGAUGCAAAGCUUGUUUGCGAGCAUAUGCUUGACGAGACUCUGCAUCGAUACCCUGAUUUCUUCCGCCCGACCGCUGUGCGCAUAGGCCAGAUCUCCGGGUCAAAGGUCACCGGGGACUGGAAUCCAGUGGAACAUCUUGUACACUUGUUCAAGUCAUCACAGACGCUCGGGGUGUUCCCUGAUCUACAGGGGGUUCUAUCUUGGUGUCCCGUCAACGACGUCGCCUCAACACUGGGUGAUCUCCUCCUGGCCAAGCAGACUGCUUACCCAAUCUAUCACAUUGAGAACCCAGUGCGGCAGCCGUGGCCUAAGAUGGUGACUAUUCUUGCAGAUGCACUUGGUAUCUCACAAGACAAUGUCGUUCCUUAUGGCGAAUGGCUGCGUCGUGUGCGACAAUUCCCGCCUAGCAUGAUGUCUGAGAACCCGGCAGCGAGGCUGGCCGACUUCUUUGAGACGGACUUCCUGCGUAUGUCUUGUGGUGGGAUGAUUCUGGAUACGACUCGCACUAAGGAGCAUUCUGAGAGGUUCAGGGAGUUGGGACCGAUUGAUAGGGCUUUGGUUAUGAAGUAUAUUCAGGCGUGGAAGGAGUCUAAGUUCUUGCGUUCUUGA